AUGAGUCGCGCCGGCAAGCUUGCCCCCGAGGUCAAUCGAGCUUUGUUCGUAAAGAAUCUAAGCUACACCGUCACGCCAGAGGACCUGUUCGAGCUCUUCGGCAAGUUCGGGCCUAUCCGCCAGGUCCGCCAGGGCAUUGCGACCAACACCAAGGGCACUGCCUUCGUCGUCUAUGAAGACGUAAUGGAUGCGAAGCAGGCCUGCGACAAGCUCAACGGCUUCAACUUCCAGGGUCGAUACCUGGUCGUAUUAUAUCACCAGCCAGAGAAGAUGGUCAAGUCAAAAGAGGACCUCGAGGCCCGCAAGGAGAAUUUAGCUCAGCUGAAGCAGAAGCACGGCAUCGAUUGA